GAUCUUCCAAUCUUUGCGAGCGAUGCAAGCGCUGCAAGUCCUGCGAGUGGAAGUGAGGAUGCCCCGGCAGUUCAGGUUCAUCGAUCACUCAGCGUUGAAGAGGCAGAGCCCUCGCAGCCAAGUGCAUCCAGUCCUACGGAGCCACCGCAACCGGCAAGUGUGGGCGACAGGCUGCAGGCAGCCAUCCAAGCCCGCAUCCAGGCAAAAAAGGCCGACGUGGCGAGCGCACCGGACUUGCCACAGGCAGAGCAAACGGAGGAGCCGCCAGCGCAGGCCGUGGAGGUAGAAGAGGAAGAGGAGGAGGAAGAGGGCGUACUGGAGGUACUGGAGGACUCUGAUGGCCAUGAGAGCUUUGAUGGUAGUCAGGGGUCCGGUUGGUAA